AUGAAGCGUUAUCGAAACUUCUUUACUUCUUUUCGUGGUCGAUUUCUGCUGCCUUUAAUUUUAAUAAAUAUAUUUAUUUUUAUCACUUUUUUCUAUUCAUUUUUCUCUUCACGCCCACAACAACUAGUUGAACGUCAAAAUAUUGAACUCUACUCACAACCAGCUCGUCUAAAAGAACCAAUUUCUAAACCAUUAAUUCUUAUGUGGACUAAUAUCUUUCGUCAACAAACAAUGCAACUAGAAUCGGAUUGUCCUCUAGCUUCUCUUUGUGAAUUAACAUAUAAUCGUUCUCUUCUUCCAAAGUCUUCAGCUGUCGUUUUCCAUAUUCCUGACAUUAGUUGGAAUUACUCAAGAGGUAUACCUACAGUGCCUGAUCUACCAUAUCAAUCCGCAAACGAACAAAGAGUAAAUGUUUUUCUAUCGCACGAAAAUCCAACAACACUCAGAACAAUGUAUAUGUCUGAAGCGUUGUCUAAACAUGUUCACAAUUUUUUCCAUUGGGCCAUGACCUAUCUGCGCUCUGCUCAUGUUUCAAUGCCUUAUGGUGGUUUUUGGCUUCCUCCGGCGGAGACUGCAAGACUGGGAAUUAAACCAAUACAAUUACCAUCUGAUCAAAAUACCAUUCUACACAAUAAAACACAACGUGGAAUCCUCUGGUUGGUCUCUAACUGUAAUUCAAACUCAAAAAGGGAAGUUGCAGUCGAAGCACUAUCAAAAUAUAUUAAUAUAAAAAUUGGUGGAAAAUGCGGAAAAACACCUGAGGAUCGCAAUUUUUGUCCUAGGAACAGAGAUUGUAGUUAUUUAUAUUCAAAUUAUUAUUUCUACAUUGCUAUGGAAAAUGAUAUUUGCAAUAAUUAUGUUACUGAAAAAUUCUGGGAAAGAUACACUUUUCCUUCUGUGCCAAUUGUUUUGAAAGCUUCGAUCUAUCAAGGUUUUCCGGACAAUUCUUUCAUCGCAUUGGAUCAAUUUAAAACCCCAAAACAAAUGGCUGAACAUUUAAAUUGGCUAAUGGAUAACCCUGUUCAGUAUCUGAAGUAUUUUGAAUGGCGUUCCAAGGGUUGGUCAAUUGCUUGGAAUCAUGAAGGAUUUAGACUUGGGCAGUGUGCUCUCUGUGAACGGUUGUUACGACUUUCAAAUGGAAGCGAACCUUUUCCAAGCCCAAUUCCAAAUGCUGUAAAAUGGUUUGAAGAGAAUUCUAAUUGUGAAGGCGGAGAUUUUGCGGUACAAUGGAGUCAACAAAAAUAG